AUGACAGAUGCUAAAUACCGGUAUGUGUCUGAUAUCUGCCUCACACCUUUUUGCAGGCCUUUACAAAAGGGGGUAUUUAUGACCUUUCACAUAUGAUAGCCAUAUGUCAAAUGGGGCAGCCCAAGCCCCUCUGCUUUUAUUACUUUUUUUAAAAAAGCCUUCAUGCUGUAGCCAUCCAACAGCAAGAAAGGAUGGUUGCCCAUAGGGGCUGUCAAGUCAGAAUUCCCCGUGGAAUGACAGUAAGAUCAUAAGAAGGUCUUUAGGGAAGGAGGAGCUUUCAGAUAUUUGGUGUCUGCAUCAUUCGGAGCUUUAAACACUGAUUCAAGCACCUUAAAUCAGGUCCGGAAACCAACCGGCAUUGUCACACCUGCCUUUGCAGCGCUGAAAAUAAGGUUUCAAAAUUGGCUGAACGGCGUGGAAUCCGGUCUCUAAUUCUACCCCUUCCCCCUCCUUUGUGAGUCCUCUGAUUAACCCUUGAAAAUGUUUAAAGAUCUCGCUGCAUGAUGAACUCUGUGCACCGACAGGAGAAGACACACAAUUCUCAAAUGGGGGAAGUUACUGGCAAAGCUCUGUUUGGCACAGGCAGCUGCAUUUCAUCAUUUACGUGGAACUGGGUGCAUUUAAGAAGAUGCAGUGGCGAGCAAGUUUUCUUUCCUCUAGUUUGUGAGCAUAAAUGAAUGGGUUUUUUUGGGGGGGGGGGCGGUUUCAGAAGGAAAAAAAGUGUCUUUAAAAAGCUGCAGGAAGGAGUUUGCUUGCUUGCUUGGCUUGCUUGUUUGGCUCAUGAGGGCUAGGGCUGGCACUUCACUAAGUUGAGCAGGAAGCCCGGUUCUUCUCCCGUCUUUUUUUAAAAAGUGUCGGCCGUGUACCGUACUGUGAUAAGACAAGGGAAAUAGGCGAGGGGGAUUAAAAGGGGGGAAAGGGGUGCGCGAGGAUUCGACUGCCAUGCCAUCGGCUCGGGGAGGCACCUCCAACUCCCAAGAGACCUGUUGGACGCGCCUGCAGGGCUCCGGGGCGGGGCUGGUGCGAGUCGUGCCGACGACUCCCCAACUAGCUGCCAUUCUCCCCCGAAGGCGCGCUCCUCCCUUAUCGCCCGAGGCAGACGGAUGCUCACCGAGGCCCUGCCGCGAUGUAAGCAGGCCCUUGUGGGGAUGGGGGUCUUCUUCCUGCGAGUGGGGGUGGCUGGGAGGCAUCAUACGCAGGGGUGUAGGAAGGGGGGGGCGCCCCACCUGGUGUCAUUCCUGAGGCUGGGGGGAGGGGGGGGGGUUGCGCCCAUGGCCGCCGCUCCGGGCGCCCAUGCAGCUAACUGCGCCACUAUACAUACAUUUUCUACUUCUUGUUUAGCAGUUGUAAAGCACUGUGCCUUACAGUGUUACGGAAUUCAGACUCUAAAUAUACAUAGCAAACUGGGCUUCUUCGCGCCCCCCCCCCCCCUUUAGCAGCCCCGUUCCCAGCCACGCCAGGUCUGAAGUUAAGCUCGCACUUUGCCUCUGAUAGCGUAGGAGCCAAAUUAUAGGGGCGGACCCCCCCCCCCCCAUUUGAGAAGGGGCCGGGACCCCACAAAGCCCAUAGGAAAUGGUGGGCGUGCACCACAUCUUGUCAUUGAUUCUGGGGCGGGCUUGGCUGUCGCCUUCCGCGCAAAAGUAGUUUAUUCAAGUUGGCACCGCUGUUGGAUAGUGCUUGCUGUCGCGCCCCUCUUCGGUUCGUUUUUCAUUGAAGGUGUGCGCACAGACACGGGGACAGCAAUGCGCCCGGGCGAGAAAGGGCUAAUGCAGGAGGGAGGGCGAGUGGGAAAGACGCAGCCUAGAUAACAUCCCAGAUUCGUAGGCUUGGUUUCGCGCCCAACACGUGUAAAGCUCUUCCUUUCCUCCAAACUUACCAUCCCAUCCUUAAAUAGGCGCUGCUCCUUCUCUGACAGCGGUCACUGUGAAUAACAGAAGUUAUAGCCAAACAGUUUUAUUUUAUUGCACCUGCUUCGCUAGCAGGCACUUUGAUGGGAGUGUGCGAUUUGUAAACUAAGAGUUUAUGUACACCGGAUUAUACUGUUAAUUGGAGGCUAUUUGAGUCCAGAUUUUCAGGGCAUCCUCCUGAUGAGGUUGAUUUAUAGCUGAGGGCACCUCACUUUUUCUUUUAGAGCCUCCCACUCUCCCUGCUCUUAUGGCUUCUAUGUGGUUCUCCUUUCGCUUUGCCCAGCCGGCAGCCGAAUCGUGUGCCCCGCUUUCCCUGGCCUAUCUGUUCCUUUCCUGAGUGCAGCCACCCUCAGAAAGCAAGCUUUAAUCACAAUAAUAAUUUUAUUAUUUAUACUCUGCCCAUCUGGCUGGUCCACGCUGGAGUGCUUGCUAGAUCCCGACUUCCUCUUCCUCCCUUGCUCACGCGAGCAGAUUCCUUUGAACCAGCCUUCCUCUUGGUGCAGAGGGAACCAAGCGGGAGGCCUUUGCUUUUGGCAGAGGAUGGGUUGGCCUGUUGCCCCCUCCCUCUUUUGCUUUUUGAUGGAGGUGGCAAGUUUUCCUGCAUGGAAUUGGGGGCUGAGGAUCUGGUUUUUCUCCACCUGGGCAGCCCAUUCCCUUGCACAGGUGUGAUUUCUGUUUGGACAGGGGUGAGUGGGGGGAUUCAUAGAAAUCAUGUUGGGAGGGACCCUGAGGGUCAUCUAGUCCAACCCCCUGCAAUGCAGGAAUUCUGCCCACAGCUGUCCCUGGGUGGGUUCAAACCACCAACCUUCUGGUUAACUGAUAGACACACUGACCCAUUGCGCCACAGAAGAUUGGGCAGAGGGGCAGAGAGCAAAUCAGGCCGGACCUCUGACUGCUCACAAGAAGCGGCAGCGGAUUGGGACUCUUAAGACUUUCAGGACCAACACUGGAUGGGACUCUUUGGUCAUUGAAAGCUUGGGCUGCACUUUUUAUUUCGGUCCUGGAGGUGUUGCUGAAUAUGAUUAGAAGGGACCAGAUGGUUAAAGGUAUACAGGUCGGAACUAAACACUAUAAAUUGAGAGCAUUUGCAGAUGACUUAGUAUUGACGUUACAGGAGCCAGAAUCUAGUACAAAAAGGGUUUUAGAACUGAUUCAAGAAUUUGGUCAAGUGGCAGGAUUUAAAUUGAACAAGUCAAAAACCAAGGUUCUAGAGAAAAAUUUAACACCGUUUGAAAGAGAGAGUUUCAGAAUGAGACAGGUUUAACAGUGGUUAAGAAAGUUAAAUACCUGGGGAUUAACAUGACAGCAAAAAAUGGGAAUUUAUUUAAAGAUAACUAUGAAAAAUGUUGGUCAGAAGUGAAAAAAGAUUUAGAAAUUUGGUCAAAUUUGAAGCUUUCACUGCUAGGCCGUAUCGCUGCGAUAAAGAUGAAUGUAUUGCCUAGAAUGUUGUUUUUGUUUCAAACUUUGCAGAUCGUGGACAAAAUGGAUUGUUUCAAGAGGUGGCAGAAAGAUAUUUCUAAAUUUGUCUGGCAGGGCAAGAAGCCCAGAAUAAAAUUUAAAAAUACUAACGGAUGCAAAGGAAAGAGGUGGAUUUGCCCUGCCAGACCUUAAACUGUACUAUGAAUCAGCAGCCUUUUGCUGGUUGAAAGAAUGGCUACUUCUUGAAAACACUGACAUUUUGGAUCUAGAAGGUUUUAAUAAUGUAUUUGGAUGGCAUGCAUAUUUAUGGUAUGAUAAGGUCAAAGCACAUAAAGCAUUUAAAAACCACAUUGUCAGGAAAGCGCUGUUUAAUGUUUGGAUAAGAUAUAAGGAUUUGCUAGAAAAUAAAACCCCAAGGUGGCUGUCACCAAUGGAAGCGAAAGCCUUGAAAAAGGUCAAUAUGGAGGUCAAAUGGCCGAAAUAUUGGGAAAUUUUGGAACAAGACGGAGAUAGACUGAAAUUGCAGAGUUUUGAAAAACUAAAAACAAAGUGCGAGACUGGCUUCAUUAUUAUCAAAUAAUGGAGGUAUUUAAAUUGGACAGGAAAAUUGGCUUCCAGGUGGAAAGAUCCAAAUUAGAAACAGAAUUGUUAGAACCCAAUACUAAGAACUUGUCAAGAAUGUAUAACUUGCUGCUGAAAUGGAAUACUCAAGAUGAAACGGUAAAAUCGGCUAUGAUUAAAUGGGCACAGGACGUUGGCCAUAACAUUAUGUUUGCUGACUGGGAACAGUUAUGGACCACAGGUAUGAAAUUUACGGCAUGUAAUGCCUUAAGAGAGAAUAUUAUGAAAAUGAUAUACAGGUGGUACAUAACCCCAGUCAAGCUUGCGAAAAUCUAUCACUUGCCCGAUAACAAAUGUUGGAAAUGUAAAGAAACUGAAGGUACAUUUUUUCACCUUUGGUGGACGUGCCCAAAGAUUAAGGCUUUCUGGGAAAUGAUAUAUAAUGAAUUAAAAAGGUAUUUAAGUAUACCUUCCCUAAGAAACCAGAGGCCUUUCUCCUGGGCAUAGUAGGCCAAAUGGUGUUAAAAAGGAUAGAACUUUCUUUAUGUAUGCAACAACAGCAGCAAGAAUACUUAUCGCAAAGUAUUGGAAGACACAAGAACUUCCCACGCUGGAGGAAUGGCAGAUGAAACUUAUGGACUAUAUGGAAUUGGCGGAAAUGACUGGUAGAAUCCGUGACCAGGGAGAAGAGUCGAUGGAGGAAGACUGGAAGAAAUUCAAAGACUAUCUUCAGAAACACUGCAAAAUUAAGGAAUGUUAGAGUGAUGUUGGACUGAAAACAAGUGGUUUCCAGCUGUACAGGUUAAAGUUAAGGAUAGAUUAAGAUUAAAGAUCAAGAUUAAAGAUGUUUAAAGAAAUGGAAAUUUGAUAAUAAAAGGGAAAAAUUUAAAGUUGUAUGACAUUAAGAUCAAGGAUUAGGUUUAAAAAAGUUGAAGUUAUAUAUCUUAACGUUUUAUUAAAUUAAAGAUUGGGAUUAAAAAAGUGGAAAAGAAACUGCUGGACAAACAAUGUAGAUUGGAAUACAAAAGAGGGAGGUAUGAGGAAGUCCAGAAAAUAAGUAAUUUAAAAUUGGAAAUGGAAAAGAGAGUUUGUUUUUAAUUGCUAUGUUUUGUGUUUUUAUUGUUAAGUUUUGUAUUGUUUUUUUGUGUGUUUGUUUUUCUUUUUUUGUUUGUUUAAAAUUUUAAUAAAAAAUUAUUGGAAAAAAAAAAAGAAAGCUUGGGCUGCACUGGGAUCUUGACACAUCACUUUUCCUCUUUCUCCUAGUUCCUUCUCUUCUGAUGGAAGCAUCUGCCUUGGACUGACCGAAAUCUGUCAAAGGUCUGUCUUCUGGUGAGUAAAUGUUUACUGUUCAUACUCCAUUCCCAUAGUAGUGAGUGCAUCUAUUUUUAUUAGAUUGAGGAAGAUACUUUGUUGCUGGAAUUAUAACAGCUCAAGAAUAUAGACUUCUCCCUCCCCCUCCCCUCCCGUAAAUUCAGGAUGUGGAACAGAUUAAGAUUUGUGUAUCAUGGAACCUGCGACAAAAAAAGUUGCAACGUGUUCACAUAUUUUUUUUACAAUUCCAGCUUAAAGUCCUGCCAGACAUGUCCUCCUCCACCAGACCAUUCCAUGUAUAUCUCUUUCCUGGUCCACCCCCCGGGAUGGGGAACCUCAGUUCUGGGGGCCAAAUGCAACCAUCUGGGCCUCUCUAUUUGGCCCUCUAUUUGGCCUCUCUAUUUGGCCCUCUAUUUGGCCCUCUAUUUGGCCAUGAUGGUAGAAAGUGAGGAGGAAUUAAAGAACCUUUUAAUGAGAGUGAAAGAGGAAAGCGCAAAAUAUGGUCUGAAGCUCAACAUCAAAAAAACGAAGAUCAUGGCCACUGGGCCCAUCACCUCCUGGCAAAUAGAAGGGGAAGAAAUGAAGGCAGUGAGAGAUUUUACUUUCUUGGGCUGCAUGAUCACUGCAGAUGGUGACAGCAGUCACGAAAUUAAAAGAUGCCUGCUCCUUGGGAGAAAGGCGAUGGCAAACCUAGACAGCAUCUUAAAAAGCAGAGACAUCACCUUGCCAACAAAGGUCCAUAUAGUUAAAGCCAUGGUUUUCCCAGUAGUGAUGUAUGGAAGUGAGAGCUGGACCAUAAAGAAGGCUGAUCACAGAAGAAUUGAUGCUUUUGAAUUAUGGUGCUGGAGGAGACUCUUGAGAGUCCCAUGGACUGCAAGAAGAUCAAACCUCUCCAUUCUGAAGGAAAUCAGCCCUGAGUGCUCACUGGAAGGACAGAUCGUGAAGCUGAGGCUCCAAUACUUUGGCCACCUCAUGAGAAGAGAAGACUCCCUGGAAAAGACCCUGAUGCUGGGAAAGAUGGAGGGCACAAGGAGAAGGGGACGACAGAGGACAAGAUGGUUGGACAGUGUUCUCGAAGCUACCAGCAUGAGUUUGACCAAACUGUGGUAGGCAGUGGAAGACAGGAGUGCCUGGCGUUCUCUGGUCCAUGGGGUCACGAAGAGUCGGACGCGACUAAACGACAACAACAACAACAACAUUUGGCCCUCUGGACUCUCCUCAAAUAUCUCCUCCCCUCCCCCCCCUGCUCCGCACGUGUUUUUGCCUGACUGGGAUGUGGUUUUGAAAUCCAAAUGCUUCUUGUUUGCAUGCGCCAUUGGCCCAUCUAGUCCAGCAUCACGUUCUCACUUUGACCACUUUUUUUGCAAAACCACAGCAGCAACAACAAGAAAAGAGUUUUGAGCCAUUAUUAAUGAGCCAUCAACAAAAUAUACACCACCGACAUGAGCUGCUAUACAUCUGGAUUUUCCUGGACAUUUCAGCGAUUUCUGCCCGGACACUGCUUAAGGGGGCUGAAUACCAAAAUUCUUAUUCGGAAACACUGCUGCCCCCAAGUGGGCAAGUGGCUAAUAGCCAUUCAUAGCCCUCUUCUGCAUGAAUUUAUCCAGUCCUCUUUUAAAGCCAUUCACGGUAGCAGUCACUGUCUCCUAGGGGAUCAAGUGCCACACAGUGGAACCUCGGCUGCGAACAUGAUCCGUGCAGGAGGCACAUUCGCAACCCGCAGCGUUUGUAACCUACAGCGCGCAGACUCGAUUCUGCACAUGCGUUUGACGUCAUUUUGUGUUUCUGUGCAUGUGCAAGCGCUGAAACCCAGAAGUAACCCGUUCCGGUACUUCCGGGUUCGGCGCGGUGCACAACCCGAAAACACACAACCUGCAGCACUCACAAUGCAAGGUAUGACUGUAGUUUGAUUAUGUCCCCUGUACAGUAGUACUUUCUUUUAUCUUAAAUAUUCCAACAUUCAGCUUCGUUGGAUAUCCCCCAAUUCUAGUGUCCUAACGAGAGUGGGAGAAAAGCUUUUCUCUUUCCACUUUUUUCGUGCCAUGCAUAAUUUUUAUAAACUACUAUAGAUGUACCGCUUAUGUACAAAGGUAAAAGUUAGUUUCUUCUCUGCUGACCUUUACUUCUAGCUCUGUGGAAUGCGACACUCUCUACCAAGUAGCUGAGAAGGAAAUUUGAGGGUAAAGGAUUCCCCACGGCUACUGAACAUGCUUGGACCUCAAUGGGGUUUUUUUGGGUUUUUUUAGGGUUGUCAACUUAAAUAUUUGUACUUCUGCAAACCUCAGUAUUUGAUACUUCCCUCUUGUUUCUCAUAAAGUGUGGGAGUCAUAAAGCCACGGUAAAGGCUUGUAAUAUUGCAGGGUGCCCCCUGACCUCGGCUGACCAGCACUCUGAGCUUUACAAUGUAUUGGAAUGUAUUGGAGUUGUGUUUCCUCUGGGCAGUGAUGACCCUAUAUGGUGAUGGGGGCAAUAAAAGCCUUGACCGGAUGAGGUAACGUGAGACAUUGGCAAACGGCCAUGCGGCUGGAGAGAGACAAAGGAUAAUAAAAAAGCUGCAGGAGGAGAGGGAAGUUCGAAAGGAGCUGCUCCUACCAUCAUGAAAAUAUUGCUGGCUCUCUGUGUCUUUAUUUUAUGCUAAACUGCGCCAUUUGUAACGGCUGGCUCCGACAAGUGGUGUCCCAUGUGAGGCUGAAUAAAAGAAUACGUCUGAGGAUUUUAAAAGAAAACCGUGUGAGGCAACUUAAAGAAAACAGUCUGAGGCAGACUAAGAGGAUUUUAAAAGGAAACCGUGUGAGGUUUUUCGAUCCAAGCAACGGAUAUCAUCGGCUCACCACGCCCGGCAAGGGCUUCAAGCGCUAAUCAUCUUGAAAAGAUCCCGGUGAGUUUCGAUCCCUUUUUUUUAUAUUGAUUUUAGAAAAAUGGGCAGCUCUUUGUCUGCUCCCCAACAGAAAUUUUUAAAAGACUUAAAAUUUCUCCUCUCCUCCAACAAAUUGGAAGUUCCGGAGGGUGAUUUGAUACAGCUCAUUCUGGCCAUCGAAGAGCAUUCCCCCGGUUUCCUGCAGAUGGGACUUGGGAAUUAAAACUUUGGGACAAGAUUGGGGCACAUUUUCAUGGGCACCCCAGCAUAGGUGUUCGGAUUCUAAAUGCAUGGUGCAAGGUUCGUUACGCCAUGGGCUCUUUAUCACCAAAAAUAUAUCCAUGGCUGCAUUGCCAACACAACCUUCAGCUUCUUUAAUUCAGCCUGCUGUGCUAGCCAUCUGUUCCAAUACUUGCUUUGCCAGCAGCUCCAGACCCCAAACCUCCGGACUACAGUUCCUCACCUGAGGACCCAAUCCUGCAAAAAUACCGUGGUCUGGCUGGCAAUGAUCCUGCUCUUUCAGCGGCAGAACCAGAACCAGAACCUUUUCAACGUGCAGUCCUUGCCUGUUCCUUAAUUCAGGAUACUAUGGCAUUCCCUGUUAUUGUGCCCCCUGCUGGUGCCCCGGCAGGCACCCAAGCCCAACACCAACCUUUUGACUUUAAGAUCUUGAGAGAGCUGCAACAGUCAGUAAAGGCCAAUGGACUCCAAGCCCCAUAUACGCAGGCGCUUUUAGAAGCCACAUUAGCCCAGCUCUUGGUUCCAGAGGACAUCAAGCUUUUGGCCCAUACAGUGUUACCCCCAUCAGCUGGUGUUUUGUUUGCCCACGAAUGGGAAACUGCCUGCCGUGCUUAUGCUCCAGCCUUGUUACAACAAGUCAGAGGAAAUAAUCCAAAUGUUACCCUCGCAGACGUCUUAGAUGCCAUGUUGGGGCGUGGUCCCUUCGCUCAAGCUUCAGUGCAAGCCACACUGCUGCAAAUCUUAUUGAGGGACACUGCUCUUGCUGCUAAACAAGCAAUGAGAAAAAUCCCAGAACCCACCAGUAUUCAGUCAAGGUGGGGUUCAAUCAGGCAAGAGGCAAGAGAAUCAUAUUCUUCCUUUAUGGAUAGGCUGCUUACAGCAGUGAGUCGCCAAAUUGAAAAUCCUGAAGCCAAACAAAUAAUUAUCAAACAAUUGGCCUUUGAAAAUGCCAAUGAGGAUUGUAAGGUUGCGUUACGACCGAUAAUACACAAUCCUGCCACAGACACAGCAGCCAUGCUUCGCAUUUGUCAGUCUGUCGGAACAGCCAGCCACAAGGCUUAUCUGCUGGCAGCAGCGCUAAAUGAAAACCAGCCUGUAGCCACCGAUACAACUUGUUUCCAGUGUGGCAAACCAGGAUCACCGAUACCCCAGUGGGGGUAGAACAGUGGCCUCUACCAAAAGAAAAAUCCGCAGCAGCGGCACCAGCUAUCUCUGACCAGCUUAUUUCUGAACAAUUGACUUUCGGCCACAUUGAACCAUCUUCAUCCCACUGGCUCCAGCAGACAGGGAACGGUUUGCUUUUACAUUGCCAGUAUAUAACAAUUCGCAGCCCACCCAGCGAUAUCAGUGGGUUGUCCUGCCUCAAGGCAUGCGGAACUCCCCUACACUUUGUCAACAUUUUGUGGGUGAAGCAUUGAAACCUUUCCGCAUGCGCCACCUAGAGGUGCUGCACACGAGCUGCAUCUGGCAGUGUUUGCCUUCCUAACCAUUUGCCUUGCCAUCCUUUGCUGCACCGUUAUACAAGGAAGAGAAGCAGACGACCCAGUCCAGUUGAAACCACCAUAUUUCACCUCAUCGGCUGGCAAGCAGCUGUCGCCAGAAUCCUACUCUGGCUGGCAGUAUCCACGGCUCAGCCACUUUCGAACUAGAAGAACAGCGUUGUUGAAUAAGACUUUUAGGGGAGAAAAUUAUCAUAAGAUAUGGAGGGAUGAUAUUUUUGUACAAGAUAUGAUUAUGUUUGCCAGUUUAUUGCAUGCUUCUAAAUGUUGGCUGUGUAUGCCAGUCAUUCCGGCAUAAUGCUUCAUGGUGUGCCUGUCAAUGGAUCUUUUCAAUUUACUAUUAUAUCCCCUAAGCAAACUUUUUGGCCUCCAGUACAAUUGACCCUCCAUGAGCCUGCCCCCGUUUAUUUUCAAAUUAAGGAGGGGAAAGAAUCAUGGGGCAUAUAUCCAAACUGUCAAUAUACAUUGAAUUUCACUUUUAAUAGCUCUUGUUCUCUUACAGGAACAUACAGUGACCAAUCUCAGUGCUAUAGGAGUGACACCAGUGCAUGGCUAAUAAACUAGAAAGGAAGCCUACCAUGCAGCUUGGAAUCAGAAUUCUUAUAUUCUUGGCUUCCGGAUGGAAGUUGGCUUCGACAUUUAUUGAUUUUAGUGAUCAUUAUAGUAGUUAUUUGCAUUAUUUUGUGUUGCUGUAUCCAAUGUAUUCCUUCUUUAAUUUCUAUAUGUACUGCAUGGUUCUCCAGUCCGCGGCCCGCUUCCGGUGUCACAAGAGUCGCUUAUCGCGCUCGAUAUAACCGUAUUGACUCUGAUAUAAAAUAAAGAAAGAGGGCAUGUGGGAGUCAUAAAGCCACGGUCAAGGCUUGUAAUAUUGCAGGGUGCCCCUGACCUCGGCUGACCAGCACUCUGAGCUUUACAAUGUAUUGGAAUGUAUUGGAGUUGUGUUUCCUCUGGGCAGUGAUGACCCUAUAUGGUGAUGGGGGCAAUAAAAGCCUUGACCGGAUGAGGUAACGUGAGACAUUGGCAAACGGCCAUGCGGCUGGAGAGAGACAAAGGAUAAUAAAGAAGCUGCAGGAGGAGAGGGAAGUUCGAAAGGAGCUGCUCCUACCAUCAUGAAAAUAUUGCUGGCUCUCUGUGUCUUUAUUUUAUGCUAAACUGCACCAUUUGUAACGGCUGGCUCCGACAAUAAAGGCGUCUGGUGCUCCUAAUAGCAUGUAGGCAAGCAAGGAUUGUUUUGCUUGUAAAUAAGGUUUUCUAUUAUCUUUCUGAAGGAUGAAAGUUCUGCUGGAAGGUGAGCCAAAAAUGAUGGAACAUGCUAAUACCUACGAGCAACCUGUAAAAAGAGCAGAGCAAGUUACGUUUUUGCUUCAACAGAAUGGAGCAUGUCACAAUUCUGAACAUUCAGAGGGGAGAGAAAAAUCUGGUAAGCAAGUUAAUUCUGAUGCAUGAAAAGUAUUAAGGUCCCAGGCCACAGGGAGGUUAGGCUGGCCUCGACCAGAGCCAGGGCUUUUUCGGCUGCGGCUCCAAUCUGGUGGAACGCUCUGUCACAAGAGACUAGGGCCCUGCGGGACUUGACAUCUUUCCGUAGGGCCUGCAAGACAGAGCUGUUCCACCAGGCCUUUGGUCAGGGCGCAGCCUGACUCCCUCCUUUGGCAAUCUUCACAGAACUUUAGCUCAAUGGUUGCCAUCAAUUUGAUUUUAAUUAAUUUUUAUAAUGAAAUGUUUUUAGAAUGUUGCACUAUUUUAUUGUUGUUAGCCGCCCUGAGCCCGGCUUCGGCUGGGGAGGGCGGGAUAUAAAUUAAAUUUUUUAUUAUUAUUUAUUAUUAAGACGUAGACUGGAGACAGAUUGUAGUUGGUUCUGGGUUUUUUUUAAGAGCGAGCUCUUAAAAAUCUCUUUUUAGAGAAUGCAAAGUCAUUCCAUUUUGUAAGCCCAGCCUAUGUAGCCAAGGGUGGUGAUGGGCCAUAUUCACAAUAGUGUGGCUGAAAAUGAAAGUGGACCAUUUUCAAAAGAAACAAAUAACUUUCACAGAGACUUUGUUACCAACUGAAGUGAAGGGGGUCAAAUAUCCAGUGAGCUUGCCAGACAGCAUUAAUGAAAAAUCACCUGUAGCCGUUGUGAUGAUUUAAUUGCCCAGAAGUCUGAAAAGUGUUUCGAGAAUAAUGAAUGACUACAGCCAAGACAGCGUGAAUGAUACACAGCUGUGGAACCAUGAUUUGUGAUAUUUGGUGCAAAAUCCAACUUUAUCAGAAUCCCACAUUUCAUUCUUUUUUUUUCUUUUAAAAAAAUAAAGUUUCUAGUCCAUAUAAUUCCGUGCCACAAUGCCUGCUCGGUCUUGGAAGCAAAGGAAUGGCUAAGAAGGUUUUAUUUAACAGCCAGGGUGGUUGCGGUGGUGAAUCUUCAUGUAUCUGCAAAGCUUUUUAAUGCUAAUAUGUUGAGCUUGCAUAAUCUAUACAGAUUUCAGAAUUGCAUAUAACUUUGAUCACUUUGGUGCAAAAACUUGGGAGGGUUGUGUGGUUUCAGUUUGUUUUAGUGCAGAAUACUCCCAAAACUGUCCAAAAGAUUAUUGAUUACGAAGCAGACAUCUAAUAUAUGCAUUGUGCGCUCUCUCUCUCUCUCUCUCUCUCAUAGUGGAUGAAAAUAAACCAAAGAUGGCAAAGGAGGAGAAAACGUAUAAAGCUCGGACUCUGUAUAUUUUCUUAGCUGUCUCCGUUUCCUUAUUUAUUAUCUGUAUCGGCCUUGCAGUUGCCGUUGGUGAGUUCUGUUCCUUUAUCCAUUACCUUUGACUGCCACCUUGUGGUCAUUGUUUGCUUCUGUGCUUUAACAGGCAGAACAGUGGGACCUUGGCAAACACGCAUUUGUAUGCCUUUUUGCCAAGGUAACACAAAUGUGGAGGAAACAGGUGGCAUUCUCAGGGAGAUGGGGCUCCUCUUCCACGUAACCAAUUUCCCCCCUGAAAAUGCUUGCCCGUGAAUUAGUGUUUUGCAGCGUGCAGAGGACCGCAGCCUUAGCUUCCGUAAGACCAGCAGGAGACGGCUCUGGCAAUGACUAUAAUGUAUCACGGUUUUAGGACUACAAUGCCCACUUGACUGAUCAAUGGAAAGCCUUUUUAAUCAACUAAAAAUGUGUCCUGUGUUUAAUCAGGGCAGCAGCCCCCCAUUUAAUAUGAAAGCUUCCAGAAACUGUGGGUGUCAGGCACCAUCUUAGAAGAGGCCUUCUGUUUCGGAAGGCAUUCCCCUUGCAUUGCCUUAUAUUGUGUAGGGAUGAUUGCGGAGUGGGGAGUGGGGUCCGGAGGGAGCACACUCUCCACCUGCAGGCAGCCACAGUCUGCCUGCACGUGUGACCUUGGGGUGCAGAGCACACACCCCCCUCACAGACAAAGCCACGGCUGUCUGAACAUCAUUGCCUCUGUCUAACCUUUUGCGGUCUCAGUAGUCUGCGGUGCCCUGUCUGUAACCUUUGUCUCUGAGACCUUUUGUCUCCGUCAUACACUGUGCAAGGGGAAAAUGGCGCGGUGGAAACAGGUGCCAAAAUAACUUUGUACCACCCCACGAUCUCGGGACCAGAAGAUGUGUAAAGGUCACAGCCCAAAAUGUAUCUGCCUGGUUUGCAUAUUUGUCUCAAUAAAAGGAGGCUCCACAGAGCUGGCCAGCAGCUUGCAUGCAGCCCACCUGUGCGCAGCUCACCUGCAUUAUCAACUCCCUGCCUCAUGUCCUUCACUUCAAUAUUGUGUGGGUUUUCCAGGUCCCAGCUGAACUUCUGGGGGUGAGGGCCCUCCAUUUCCAGAGCAGUAGCUGUGCAGUUAGUUUAGCUGCUCUUAAAUUUCUUUCCUUCUUUUAGGUACCUUAUGGAUAGUCUUACAAAGGUGUCAAGGCCCUUCAUGGGCCAACUCCUGCCUGCAAGGCUGGAUUGGGCAUGAAGCCUGGUGCUACUAUUUUUCAACUGCUGAGGCAAACUGGAACUCCAGUCAGAGCAACUGCUCUUCUCAGGGUGGCUCCCUGACAGCAAUCGAUACUCCAAGUGAAAUGGUGAGAGCAUUCCAGCCCUGUGGACUUAGGCCAAGAUUCUAUUGUGGAGUGCUGGUUCUUGGUUACUUUGUUUAUCACUGCUUUUUACUAGAUAUUGCGUGAAUCAUUUAGAUAUUUCUCUUUUGUGACUAAAAAGUGGUAUAAAAAGUGGUAUAAAAACAUUUUAAGUGAACCAUCCUGCUUUUGUAGCUUCAAACUGGACUACUGUACUGUAAUAUAUUUUCUGUGAGGCUCCCGUGGAUGAGAGUUUAGAAAUACCUUUGGCUGUAAAAAACAGUCCACCGUGUAAUGGCAAGUGGUAUAUGAGGCCAUAGCAUAUUUUGCUUGGUUGUUUCUAAUUCAUGUCCUGCCUUUCCAUCAGAUGGUGCUCAGUGUUCCAGCCUCUCUGCAUAAAUGGCCCUCUGGCCCCAGUUACUUUGGCAGCCAUCUUGCCAGAUUUGUCCGAAGGGAAGAUAAAUUCUCCCAACAGUUUCCUUGGACGUGGGGCUCGCCAUUAGCAGUUGCAGGGCCACAGCUUUUUUCUCCUCCUCCCACUGUCGCCUAAAGGUUUUUGUUUUUGUUGCCACGGCAACAGAAGCAACUGUAGGAGCAUUCUGGCAGCCAUUUUGUAUCCCCCACAAUGCCCUGGGCCCAGCAUCAUUUCAGGGUAUGAGGGAGAGUGCAUGGAAUGGUGGCUACAAAAAAACCCCUAAUGAAUAAUAUUAAAAUAUAAAUUAGCCUUGAAGACUAAAAAAAAAGACUGUUAGUUUUUGCAGUUAGCUUUUAUAUUACUGUUUUUCUCAACUGCUGUGGCAAAUGUUUAAGCAUGUUAGUAUAUUUGAAGAAAAUCCUGCCAAGUGUGUUGAAUUUCUGAGGUUCUUCUUUUUGAAAAUGAUGAUGUUCUGAAAAGGGUCUGUCAAAUACUGAGUUGCUGCUCUCACCCCCCCCAAAAAAAAAAUAUUGCAGGAUUUUCUACUGAAGAAGGACCCAGCUGAUUAUUGGAUUGGGCUACAGAGGAAGGAAGGACAGCCCUGGAAAUGGGCAAAUGGCUCAGAUUUCAACCAAUGGUAAGGUAUCCAUCUGAUUCAGGUUUCAGAUUAUCUUGAGGCGGUUGCGUGAUGAGAGAUUUCCCCAAAAUAUUGCUUCAUUAAAUACACACCCAGAGAGAAAAGUUGUGUCUCUUUUUAAAAGAAUUAGAAACGAAACCUCUGUCUCAUGAUCCGCUGUGCUGGAGGGGGCUUGGAUGAGGCAGAGAUGCGCCUUCUCCCAUCCCUCCCAUCCAGAUCUCUGGCCUAUGUUGGUGAGGGAGCCCUGCUGGCAAGCGGUGCCCCAAUGUAUUGCCCCCCCCCCGAAGCUUGGUCAGUGGUAACCGUGCUAGCAAUAGGCAGCAGAAUCCCUCAAAACAGACUUGUUUCAAGAGCGGGGGCACAGGAUCCAUUGGAUUCUGAAACAGUUCUGCUGCUGUCACAUGAUGGAGGCAGUGGAGGAGGAACCCUCUCUGGCACCCGGGGCGGGGCAAAUUGCCCGGUGAUGCACGCAUGACAUCCAUAUGGAGUGCGCAAAUGCGGCAUCAUGUAUGGAGUGUGCACGCACGGCAGCCCGUACAGUCGCCUGUAUGGAUGGCGCGUGAGAUGCACCCAUACUGACUGUGCAUGCCCUUGGUCGCGCUACAGCUGGGGGGAGGCAGGGGCCAUCUUGUCACACACUCCCCCCCGAGUGGCACCCAGGGCGACCCGCCCCCUCCGCCCCCCCCCCCACUUCAUACACCCCUGGAUGGAGGCAGGCCAAAUCUGUGCCUAUUUGCUGCACCAGUUUGGGAGCUGCUCUGGCUGGUAUGAAGGUAGAAGGUUAAAGGUAAAGGACCCCUGGACAGCUAAGUCCAGUCAAAGGUGACUAUGGGGUUGCAAUGCUCAUCUUGCUUUCAGGCCAAGCGAGUCAGCAUUUGUCCCCAGACAGCUUUCCGGGUCAUGUGGCCAGCAUGACUAAACCACUUCUGGCGCAAUGGGACACCAUGAUGGAAACCAGAGUGCACAGAAAUGCCAUUUACCUUCCCGCCACAGUGGUACCAAUUUCUCUACUUGCACUGGCAUGCUUUUGAGCUGCUAGGUUGACAGAAGCUGGGACAGAACGGGAACUCACCCCAUCACGGGGAUUUGAAACGCCGACCUUCCGAUUGGCAAGCCCAAGCCCAAGCCCCAGGCCUGUCAAUGUAGGGGUGUUAUGCUGCUCCAUUAGGCCUCACUGCAGGACAUUUAGUGCAGCAAUGUUGUGGAACUCCCUUUCCAUGGAUAUCUGAUAGACAUUGACUGUUUGGGGGGUUUGGUACCCAUUGCAGACAUUUUUAUCCUCCUGCCUAGGAGGGUAAUCCUGACUUGGUCACUGUUGAUUUUGAAGCAGCAUAAUGUUGUUUUAACAGGUUUCUAACCAGUCCUUAAUAAAUUGCAUAUUGAUACCUCGCUUGGAUGCUAUCUUUACUGUGUCCACAUUUGUGGAAUGCUCUCCCCAGGGAGGCUCUCUGGCACCAUCAUAACAUAUUUCUAGGCACCAGAUGAAAACAUUUCUCUUCAACCAAGCCUUUGGGAGAUUCCUCGGCCUUUUAAAUAUGUUUGUGGGAGGGGGGGUUGUAUUUGUUUUCGUUUUAUUAGGUAUUUUGUAUUCUCAUUUUGCAUUUUUAUGUUGUGUGUUAUUUGGGUGAAGGGCAGUAUACAAAUUUAAAUAAUAAUAAUAAUAAUAAUAAUAAUAAUGUUGCAGGUUUGAAUUUGGAGAUGGCCACUGCGCUUUCUUAAAUGCGCCAAACAUCAGUUCUUCAUUUUGUGAAAGCAAAAGACACUGGAUAUGCAGAAGCCCUCAUCUCCAAGCUUGA